AGUUGAACGUCGAAAAAAAUAUAAAGCAAAGUCAAAGAGAAUAUAAACACUAGUCUACACAAGCAAAGCAAGUUACUGUCAAAAUGUCGGUCAAUGCACAGGUUCAUCUUAGUAACGAAAAUAAUAAAAAAAGUGAUAAACAGUUAAAGCCGCUCUUUCCUAAACGAGAAGAUUGUUCUCAUGUUUCUUGCUACUGCGAAGAAAACGUCUGGAAGCUAUGUCAAGACGUUUCUUUAAGAGUCCCGGAGGAGUUGGAUAGGUGCUAUGUGGUAUUUAUAUCGAACCCUUGCCGUACAGUGCCGCUGUGGAAACAAAGGGCUGGGCGUGAGGAGGAUCGCCUCGUCAUAUGGGAUUAUCAUGUGAUAUUCUUAUACUCAUGGGACAACAAGACAUGCCUCGUUUAUGAUUUGGACUCAGAGCUGCCAUUUCCUACUUUCUUUCACAAAUAUGUUACAGAAACAUUUCGUACAGACCAAGUUUUAAAAUCUGAUUUUCACAGAUUUUUCCGUGUGGUUCCUGUGAAAACAUUCCUACAGCACUUUGCAUCUGAUCGUCGACACAUGAAGAGACCUGAUGGAUCAUGGAUAAAACCACCACCACCUUAUCCCGCAAUAAGCACUCCAGCAUCAACCAACAACUUAGAUGAAUACAUAAAUAUGGAUUUUGAUUUGGGACCUGGCCAAGUAUUUAAUUUGACAGACUUUGUUCAGAGAUUCUAUAAAAUAAAUAAGUAGUACAAACAAGAUGUUAGAUAGUCAAAUGUUUAAGAAUUUCUUGCAUUACCCAAAAGCAUUUUGGUUUGUAUUGAUUAUGUUUUAAUAAUCUUUGUUAUUGUAUUUAUGUUUGUUUUAUUAGUUACCUCCUAAUCUGUGAUUUCUCAUGCCAUUCUAUAGCGGUAAGGACAAUAAUAUUUGUCCUUACAUAUUUUUAUAAAUAGCUGUUUACAUAAAAUAGCUAUUACAACCUAUUGGUAGAGUUAAAAGGACUCAUUGGCUGGAUUAUAACAGGAAAAGAUUAAUUAAAUUUUUAUUUUUACAAUUAGCUACAUAAUUUAUUGCAGUAUAAUUUUUCUGAUUAGACUCCUUCGGUAUAGAGGCAGUGUGGAAGGGGAUACACAUUUCGCGAGUUUUUGUGUAUGUAGCGCAAAAAUUCCGAGUUUUUGUAUUUUCCCCUCAUGCACCACUUCCAUUCCCAAAGGAACACUGCAUGGUGGUUGGAUAUAUUGAAUAUCCAUCCGUAUAGUGACCACCAUACACAAGGUGUUAAAACCCGCCAUAGUGGCCCACGUAAGUGUGUCGCGUUUCGGGAUCAGCCUGCGUAUAUCCGGUUCCAGCGAACCAGCAUAAUUUUAUUGACUGCUAUGGGGUAAUCAUUUCUCAUCAGUCGACAUUCUAAUGGACACCACUCUGCUUCAUUCAUUAUAAUAAUAUGAUUGAAAGAUAGAUUAAAUGAAAAAUUAAUUAUUGCAAUUUUGCAUGUUUACUUAAAAGACAUUUUACUAUGUUAUCAUCCGAAAUAGCCUUUUUAGCUCUACCUAAGGAGGUUUGACGUAAUUUUAUGAAAAGUAGUAAUUUAUGUAUUAAUAUUAAUUUAUAUUAUUUUGUAAGACCAACCAAUGACUAUCUAUAAUAUAUUUGUCUCUUGAACUUUUCUUAAAUUACGUUUCUCAUAUUUUAUACCACCAUACUUUCAAAAAUCCUACAAUUAAAAUGCACAAUGAAUCUUAUAUCUUCACAAAGACACAUUGAUGAUUGAAAAUUGAAGUAUAUAUGCACAUAAGUAUACAAUAUGAAAUAUAAACAUCCAUUGAAAUUUAUGAAAUAUACUAUAAUAAUAAUCAAAUAUCUUACAAGUAUUUAAGAUUUCCUAAUAUUUUCGUUUGUGAUUUUGAAUUUUAAGAUUGUUUUGAUGGUUUGGCAGUUGAAUGUAAUUUAUAUUAGCUAAUGCCAGAGUAGAUAGUAAAUUCUAACAGUAAGUGAUUGAAAAGCUAGUGCUAAAGUUUCAAUAUUAAAAGUUAAGGAAAUGUUUAAACUUUCUUCAAAUUUUUCCAUUUAUCGUUAUUGAAAAAAAAAAAGAAAUAUAUUAUACAUACAUACAUACAUAUAUAUAUGUACAUCAUAUUUAUUCUCAUUUUGACUGAGGUGAUCCUUGUUUAUGGAUUGUAUGUUAUCUUGAGUAAUAAAUUAAAGUUUAAGUAACUUUAUUAUAGUGUAAUUUACCGUAGCUUUUGUAUAUUGUUAAAUCUAUUUAAUAAUUUUGUAACAACUUUUAUACACUCUUUUUAUUCUUCCCUAGCACCCUUAGCAUGUUAAUACAUAAUAUAAUUAUUAAGGAUAAUAGUAUGUUUUCAGAGAAUAUAAAUUUUACUUCAUGUUAUUGCAUAAAUUUAUCCUCCAGAUAUAAUUGUUUUUAAUACAUUUUAUAGUUAAUGACACAUUAAGGUUACAAGUUAUAAUAUUAUACUCCCCAAAGUUAUUUACUUUAUAUGUACUUGAAAUGUAUUCUAAGCUUUAUUAAAUAUUUAUUAACUCUUUAUAUAAAAAUACACUUAGGUUUAACAUUGUAUCAGCAUGAUGAUUAUAACAUCUUCAAAAUAAUUUCAUCACUAAGUAUUUGACAGAUAACUAUGUAUUCUCUUCAAUAUUUUAUUUCAUACUUUGCAGGGUUGAUGAUCUGUGUUCAUAACUUUAAUGUUUUUACUAGUCAAUAUUUUUUUAAUUCUCUUUAAAUAUUAUAAUGUUUUAUCUGACUUAAAAUUUGUAUUAUUUGGUAAGUGACAGCUUCUAUAUAGUAAGAUAUCGCUAUUAUAAGAUCUAGUCAUUAUGUAUUUCUCUUACUGUUAAUUAUUAAUCACUUUAGUGUAUUUGAGGCGUAGCUGUAUAGUUAAUGGGACCAAAAUAUUGCAAGUGGAUGUGAUGAAUCCUGAGCGUAGAAAGCAAACAAUGAAUACUGGGAGUGUGUAAACGUCCCAUGGUUACGCCUUAGUCCUAAUACAUGUUUAAUCCACACGCUACAGUUUCAAAUCGAUACCUUCCUUCUACGCCUUUAAAAUUCUAUCUAUUGACUGACAACUGUGAGUGAUAAAUAAUAAUUGUGCUUGUGCUUUAAAUGUACCAAGUUACAUGUUUUUAUUUAAGAUUUAUCAGGCAUAAAAUAAAACUCUACACGCUA